AGUUUAUUUGAAGAUUGAUAGUAGGUAGGAAAGGAAGAGAGUAACAGAUACAGUAUAGAUAUGGACACUCGAACUCUAUCAGUCUCACAUCUUCUUCUUCCUCUUCGUGUUCUUCCUUCAUCUCAAAACCAAACCUUUUCUUUUUCUUCUUCUUCUUCUUCUUCUUCUUCUUCUUCCUCUUCUACUAACAUUAACCACCACCGCGUCACAACAACAACAACAACUCCACUAGCCAUUGCCAAUCCUACUUCUGCCAUCAUUCCUCCUACUGCAGACGAUGAUACAGUCCCCAUCACUCUCAGACAAUUAUGUCAAUCUCAUGUUCCCGACCAAUUACUCCAAAGGAUGGAAGAAGUUGGAUAUGUCAUGCCUACACCGGUCCAGAAACAAGCAUUGCCUCGUCUUUUCUCAGGCCGUGAUUGCAUACUUCAUGCUCAGACAGGUUCUGGGAAGACACUUGCAUACUUGCUAUUGAUCUAUUCCAUCAUCAGCACUAGAAAAUCUUCUUUUCAAGCACUGGUUUUGGUGCCAACCCGUGAACUUGGCAUGCAAGUUACCAAGGUUGCUAGGAUACUGGCGGCAAAGCCAACAGGAGUUGAAGGGGAGCAGAGAUCAUGUACCAUCAUGGCUCUGUUAGAUGGAGGAACAUUGAGAAGGCACAAGAGUUGGUUUAAGGCUGAGCCUCCAGCAAUAGUAGUUGCAACAGUGGAGAGUUUGUGCCAAAUGCUUGAAAGACAACUUUUUUCGCUUGGAAACUUGCGGGUGUUGGUUGUUGAUGAGGUUGACUUCAUUUUCAAUUCUUCAAAGCAAGUGAGUUCUCUCCGGAAGAUUUUGACCUCAUAUUCGUCUUGUAAUAACCGUCAGACAGUUUUUGCCAGUGCAUCUAUACCACAGCACAAUCAAUUUCUUAACGAAGCUGUGCAGCAGAAAUGGACUAAGAGGGAUGUGAUCCAUAUUCACGUUAGUCCGGUGGAGCCCAUGCCGUCUCGUCUAUCUCAUAGAUUUAUAGUAUGUGAUAUAAAAAGAAAACUACAAACCCUGUUAUCCUUGAUACAAUCCGAUGCUCCCGAGUCUGGCAUUAUAUUUGUUAGUGAGCAGUCUGAGAAGUCGAAAAAGGCUGGUAAUUCUCCAUCCACGUCCCUUGUGAUUGACUUUCUAAAAACAUCAUAUCAUGGUUCUUUAGAUAUCCUCCUCCUCGAAGAUGACAUGAAUUUCAAUUCACGAGCAGCUUCUCUGUUGGAGGUUAGGAAAGGUGGCGGCUAUCUUCUAGUAGCAACAGAUGUAGCAGCUAGAGGAGUUGACUUUCCAGAAAUGACUCACAUAUACAACUAUGAUCUGCCAAAAACUGCCAUAGAUUAUCUUCAUCGAGCAGGGAGGACCUGUAGAAAACCCUUUUCUGAUGUGAAUUGUACUGUCACCAGCAUUAUAGUCUCGCAGGAGCGGUUUGUUCUGCAGAGAUAUGAAAAUGAGUUGAGUUUUGUCUGUACAGAGCUUAUUCCAUAAACCUGACCUAGACCUUUACAUAAUUUACUCUGAUCAAUUAUAAUGUAAUGUGCCUCAAAUUGUAUUUAUCUGAAAAGUUCCCUUAUUUUAUUUCUUUGAUCUGCAGAGAUAUGAAAAUGAGUUGACGUUGUAAAUUAUUUUGAUAUUUUAGCUGUUAAAGCUCUCAAUUUAUAUGGAA